AUGGGAGAAAUAACAUCAAGCAUAAAGAAUGAAGCAUCAAUCUCAUCAACAUUUGAAGAUAUUCGCAUUAGCAGCAGCAGUAUUGCUGUGUUGGAAUUCUUGUCUGAUAUUGGAAAUACUUCAGUGGCUGAAUCUCGUAGUGCUCUGCAUACAUGGCAUGAGCAUAGCUCAAAUGUCGUUGAUACUCCGUCCAUAUUUUAUAUGACAGGUAGCAGCAUACCAGCGAGCACCGAUAAUUCAUUGACGUCUUGGCUACCAUCUGAUUCGUUAGCAUCUAUUUCUUACGUUGAUUCCGUUAGUUCCACAUUAGGAGAUAGUUAUAACGUUGGUAGUGCUAGUUUGAUUGCGAGCAUUAGCAGUGAUGGCGCUAUAUCUAGGUCGAUAGAGAAUUUAAACAGCUUUGUAUCUCUAAGUGUAAUUCCCUCUGAAAGUUACAUUCCUUCUUUAUCAAGCUCUACUAAUGCAAGGCAAAAUAUAUCAAACAGUAUUUUACUGAAUUUACACGAAUCAUCGAAUGAUAUAUCGUUUCAGAUCUCCAAAAGUAGCUCAGUAAAAUCUGCACUUUUCUUAUUUAUCGAGAGUUCUUCUUGCAAAGACAAACUCAUAACUUCAGGGGAAUGGUUCAACCCUAGUUCCAUUGGUCAACUAAAUUUUUACUCGUCUGAUUACUUUAAAUGGGAUACAACAUCUGAUAAUAUGCAAAGUAGCACCAUCCAGAAUUUAAAUUUAGGAAUUCCUCAGCAAACACAAAUAGGACUGGAGUCUCUUUAUAGUUCUAAGCAGUACGACGGCUCUAGCAGUGCAUAUGAUUCAUCAAUUGAAAAUGAGUAUCCUGCGUUUAUGAUUGAAGAUGAUGCAAUUAACGCGUCUUUAACAUCCAAUGCUUCUGUCUCAGCAACGUUGCCUUUCAGUAAAAAUAACUGGAUUGAAUUUUUCAAGCCUAAUUCUGUACUAGGAAGCUUCGCAUUAUCAACUUCCAUAUCAACGUCCAAGAACAAUCCAAGUUGGAUUAAAUCUUCACUUGAGCACCAUAUCAACGCUUCGAAAUUAAUGUUGCAGAGCAUCGAAAGUGCUAACUUAUUAACAUCAAGUAUUGUAUUACCUUCCAUUCAUCCUAUUUCUGCUACGAUUGCAUCGCAAGCGAUUCAAAUUGAUAAUAUUUUGGAUUAUAUUUAUAAUGCAGAGAAGAUCGAUAGCGCUCACUGUAAUUACAUUGUUAAUGCUGUUCGCCAUCUAAGCACUGAACUUAGUGGAAAUAAAGCUGAAUCGUACAUAGACGGAUUGUCCAUAAUGAGCAACAAAUUGAUCUUAAAUGAUACCACUAUAGAUAUAAAACGAAAUAUUUUGGAGAAUGCUUUGAAGGCUACAACUCAGAUGAAUAUUAUAAAUGAAAUCGGGAAUAGAAUUGCACUUACAUUACCAAUAGGUGCUUCUUUUAGUGUAUCUUACUGCAAGGAGGCUUGUUCUAAUCUUACUAUUCAAGUUCAGAAUGGAACAGAAUUUCGAAAGACAGGAUACCGAAUAGCUUACAAUUCAUCUAGGACAGAAAAAGUUGCAAUUCAGCUUUCUAAUGAUGCUUUUAAUUCAGGUAUUUGGUUAUGUAAGAUUCAUUUAUGUGCUCGAGUUGUAGUAGGUAAAGACAAGCACUUUAUCAGUCUUGCCUCUAAAGUUAAUAGAAGAGUUACUAAGAUUAAAGUCAUCGAUUGA